UGAUCAUAUCGAUUUCAACCACAGUGGGGAGACGACAUCAAAUACAGAACUCAAAUUAUCUCCGAAGUCUUCUUGUCAUAUAUUUAAGUUUUGUUACCUACAAGUAUAAACAUGUUAUUAAAUAUACGAAUAGUUAAGGGCGUCUCAAGAUCGUCGGAGAUUGAAGCUGGCGUGUUGUUGUUUAUGUUGUGUGUGGUUGUGUCACAUGGCCAGCGACUGUGCCCGCCCGGGACGUACUGGGACACGGUUAUUGACAAAUGUGACUCGUGCUAUUCCAUUUGCCACAUGGCUGAGACACAGGGCACUGUUGACACGUGUAAGAAGAAAUGUCCAGGAUUUUUAAAGCCAGUAAAUGACAGUACGGAAAUACGUAAACAUGACGAGCAUCAUGUGAAAUAUGAUCCAUCCUUGAUCAAAGCAGGUGGUAUGUCUGCCGGACUGAUUGCCUUUGUAUGUAUUGCAUGUGUUGCUGUGGGAGCAGCGUUACUGGGGCUUGUUAUAGUCUGGAGGUCUCGCACGAAAAAAGAAGAAAUGAAGAAAUACCCAAUUCAAGUGGAGGCUCGAACACCCUAUCCUGGGCCUGGACCAGAACAGCAGGCACUGGUGUGAAUUUGGUGUGUGGUGCUUUAACAAGAACGAAUAGCCAGCACAAUUAUGGCAAACGUCAAACUGAAAGAGGAGGAUCGAUAUUUGUUUACGACACUUAAGCACAUCUUAAAGAAAGAUCCUCCACCUAAUAUUUAUUGUAAAAAUGUUUUAUUAAAUUCUUAAUCUGGUGACUUUUGUAUAUAAACAUUCCUGUACAAUUUAUUAAGUAUUUUCUUUAAAUAAAUCAAAUCAAAUAGA